UUAUUAGAUUUUUUUAUUUAUUUUUUCAACACUUUUUUUAACCGCCCAAGAGGUGCUCAACUAAGACGGUUGAACCGACCAGUUUACUAGCUAGGCUAGUUGAAUCGCUUCCAUCCACAUGUCCGGUUAACCAUUAUGAAAUUUUAGUGGGGAUUUUUGCGUCCAUGAUCGAUCUACAUGAAUGAAAGCCUUGGACAGACGACAGUAAGCAGUCAUCACGGGUCAAAACAUCUCUCUCUCUCUCUCCACCAGCAAGAAUUUUCAGUGGGAUUUUGGGCUCCAUGAUUGAUCUACAUGAGAGAUUGCACAGACAAUAGCUUGCAGUCGUCACGGGCCAAAACAUCUCUCUCUCUCUCUCUGUUUAGAGUUGAAAGGAUUCUGUCUCUCUGUCUCCAAAGUUGAAACGUUAAACAAAUCUGUCAAAAGUGGAAACAUCUCUCUCCAUUAAAGGUUGAAAUAAUCUCUCUCUCCAUUUAUAGCUGCAACUUCCUUGUUUGCUCCUCUCUCUCUCUCAUAUAUGUAUCAGAGAUUGAAACAAUCUCUCUCUCUAUAGCUAAAAGUUCCUUGUUUGCUUCUCUCUAUGGAAACCAUCGAAGAAGAAAGACUCCUUCCGGGAGAAGAGGCAUCAGAACUCCAUAAAGCCUUGCAAGAACUCAAAGCUUUGCGGCGUCAUCUGCACCAUGCUGCUGACUACUACGAGCUUUCUUUCAUGAAGAAGAAUCGGAGCAAAAUAGUGAUCCUGGAUGCUAAGGAAUACAUAGCAAAUUCCGUGGUUGCAACUUUGGAUCAUCUUGGGAAUCUAUCUUCAAUUUUGGAGUCUCUUUUAUCCGAUACCUCAAACCAUGUUUCCAAUACUCAUUUGAGGAUCGACUGCUUAAAAAACAGGGUCUUGACAUGCAAAGAAUUCAGUGAGAGAGAAGGCCUCAAUGAGCAACGUUGGGCAUGGAGAUAUGCAAGAUAUUACAAGAGCUACGAGUGUUUGGACACGGGUACCUUGGAGGACAAGAAUUCAGAUGUUAUUGCAAGGGAAAACAAGGAUCCUACAAGUGGCCAUAUAUCCAAAAGAUUUACAGCCAUGUCUACGCACUCCAAGUCUCUUGAUCCUUCUCCUCUUAGUGGCCUUUCAAUGGAUCAUGAGUUAUUUUCAAGUCAGAACCAAAGGAGGGACGGCAUCAAGAACAAGAUCUUGGGAUCGCUCACUUGGAAGAAUAAGAAGGCCAUUUAGGAGUGAACCACUGACUGUUGCAUGUUCAAUUGUUUUUUUUUUUUGGAAAGAAAAAUUUGAGAGAGGAUAUCAUAUGAAGUUUUAAUUUCAUGACGGAUAUGAACAAUCCAUUACACCCUCUCUGUCUGUGUGUAUGUGUGUUUGUGUAUCUACGUAUGAAUAGCCAAACGCACUUAAAGCCCUGGUAGGAGUUUGGACACUCAUAUAGUCCUGCUCAACUCUUAUUUUCACAUGCCAAUAAAUGCAUUUGUGAAAAAAGACACUCAUUGUUCUUUAUAUGUCACUAAGAUAAUAUACUUGUUUUUUUGCCUAGAAA